AUGCCUGCACCCGCCUUCCUGCCCACCUUCUCGCUCCGCCCGCCCCUCCUCUCCCCAUCUCGCAGCGCGCUCCCCCGCCGUCUACGUCUACCUGUCCGCAGCUCGCGCCCGCGCCCCUCCUCCGCCCCACCCCCCACCUCGCGCGCCUCUUCCUCCCCCCCUUCAUCCACCGGCCCGUCGAAAACGGUCUCCGUUGUCUUGCUCAACCUGGUCACGGUCCUCUGGGGCACGCAGCAUUCCGUCAUCAAGCUCGCCGUGGACAGCGCCGACGCCACCCCGGCCUCUCUGAACUGCGCGCGCUUCCUCCUCGCCGCGCUCGUCUCCAUUCCCUUUCUGCCGCCCCUCCCAAAUCUGCGCCGCCCUCCGCCUGUCUGGACGCGCGGCCUCGAGCAGGCCGCCUGGAUGUUUGCGGGCUACGCCGCGCAGGCCGUCGCCUUGCAGACGACCACCGCCGCACGCUCGGGCUUUCUGCUCUAUCUCAACGUCAAACUCGUGCCGCUCCUGGCUCGCCUGCUUUAUGGGAGGCGCAUUGCGCCGUCCGUGUGGGCGUCCGCCGCGCUCGCCCUGGCCGGGACCGUCUUAUUGACGUAUGACGGCUCGCCACCCGUGGUCGGCGAUUUUUGGUCCGUCGCCGCGGCCGCGGCAAGCGCUAUGUUCAUCGUGCGCAUGGAGUGCGCUGCCGCUACCGCGGAACCCGCGGCGGUGUCCGCGGUCGCGAUUGGCGGCGUGGCGGCGCUGAGCGGAGUGUGGGCCGUGCUGGAUUCGAUGUGGGCCGCACCGGCACUCAGUGGGGUUGAGCUCGCGAAGCAGGUGGCCACGGGGCUCGUGCCAGGCUCCCCGGAGACGCUCGCGGGCGUGCUGUACCUGGGCCUCGUGACGACGGCGCUGAGUAACUACUUACAGACGGUCGGGCAGAAGAAGAUUCCAGCGGAGAGGGCCGCCGUGCUGUACGCUCUGGAUCCUGUGUACGGCGCGAUGUUUGCCUACUUGUUGUUAGGGGAGACUCUGGGGGCGCAGGGGAUUGCGGGGGCUAUGCUGGUGACGAUAGCCGCUGUGUGGUCGAACCUGAGUGGAGAGAGCAAGGAGAGGGCAUAUGCUGAGGGGAGGGCGGAGAAGGGCAAACUCUUGAUGCAGGCAGAUUUUGAGGCGCUUGACGUGGGCGAGGAGGGCAAGCCUGGGGUUUCAGGAGAGACUGAAGGUUCACGAACUGAUUCGCGAACAAGAACGUCGGAUGCAAGAGAGAAGCAUGAUCAUGCCGGGAAGUGA